CAAAGACAUAGAAAUGAAAAGGUGAUGCAUCUUUUGAAUGAUACUAAGAAUUCAACCAUUGGAUUAAACAUGAGUGAAACUCUUGAAGCUGCAUAUACAAUGUGGAACGAUCAUAAAAAUCAAAAGGAUAAUAUAACAUCAUCUAAUGUGUUGAAUCAGGGUACAAAGGUUAAUCAAAAAUAUAAUUUGGGUGAAAAUAAUCUUCAGAAAAUAUGUAGUAUCUGGAUGGAUAAAGUUGCAUGCGUCGUAAGUCCACUUGGUUUACAGAAACAUACUGAUAAGCGAGUUUGUAAUACAAAAACAGGAAAAUGUAAAGAUAUUGGUAAUAGCCCACCUUCUAGCAAUAAGGGCCCGUAG